AUGUAAAUGUAUCAUCUGCUUAUGUUACAAAUAAAUAUAUUUCUAUUUAAAUUUGACAGGAUCUACUUAGUAAAACAAUAAUAAUGCAAUAAUUGAAAAUUGCAUCUCUAUGAGGGUGAAAUAGCGCUUCCCAAAUUAUAGAUAAGGAAUCCGCGUGUCAGAUAGUACACAGCCUCCGUUGAACACUUAUAUCAAAUAAUGUACGGGAAUUUCAAAGAAGCCGAUAACGCGAGCGAAGAGUUUGCCAAUGAUAAUUUACUUAACGAUGUCACUGCAAAUGCUCAGGACGAAGAUGGAAGACGUCAUCGACGAGGACGCAGAGUGUGUUUCAGGACCGCAGACACCCAGCCGAGGCCUUCCACGUCUCAUGAACAUCGCGAGUCUGGACUCCUUCAGCAUUAUGACCACGCACAUCACCAUUACGAACACGGGCUGCACCACUUUCACCCUCGCAAGCAAAGCAGCACGGCCUUGGAACGGAAAAUUCGCCAUAACCGAGAACAUCCACCACACUCCUUGCCACGGCUGAGUGUGGUGCCGCCCACUAGUAGCAACUCCAGUGUUGACAACAUUCCUAUAGCGAAGCCUCAACGGCAGACAUUGUCCCAUGCCGAUGAAUCAAUGACAGUAGUGCUCUCAGCGUUUUACGCUAAAUUAUUAAUAAUUUUAGGUGUAGCAUUCCCCGUAACAAGCACCAUACAAAAUGAACUAUACACCAACAUCACAUCUGACGUUUUCGCAAUGUACUUGUAUCUAGUCAGCAUGUCCUUCCUUGCUUACAUUUUCUACCAUCUUCGAAUAGCGAAAAAGGAUAAAAAUGAGGUGGAGAAACGCACAAGUUAUGGCAGUUUCUACCUUCACAUGGGGGUGGCGGGCUUCGGCGUGGGGUCCAUUAUCUACUCGUGCCUGCAGUUCGGAGAGUACUUCGACCUCUCGGGCGACUGCCGGAUGGCCAUCGUCGCCGUCAAACCUGCACUCAGAAUCUUGUUCAUGGUCGCGCAGACGGUCUUUAUAUUUUCUUAUACAGAUAAACUGGAUCGCAUGAGAGGCGUAAUCCUAGACAGGUUCGGGCUGAUGCAUCUGAUAGCCACAAACGUGUGUGAGUGGUUCAAUGUCGUCAUCCAGGAGACGAGGGACGACAUCGUAGCCGUCGCAUACGAGAGGCCGACUCUCCUGCGCUAUGCCAACAUCACAGCAGGCUACAAAACUAUCAUAAGCGAUGAAAGCGAUAAUGCAACUUUCAUCGAAACACAGUCUACAACACCUGGCCUGAAUGACAACAUCACAAUUGAUUUAAAUUGGAGCUGUAAUGUCUCGGAUAUUGUGACCCCCUUGAUAAGAAGUGUCAAUCCCUAUUUAAGGAACUGUGGAGUUGAGUAUAGCCUACUCUGUUCCGUAAUAUUGGUGGUCAUAUGGAACGACCUGUGCACUGUACCGGGAUUGAGAUCUGUGAAAAAGGUAGCUCACUCGUUGAACAAAGACGCCAAACAAUGUUGCGAGCGCGUGAAGUACAGCAAGCACUUCUCCGUGGACUGCGGCAGCGCUCACAAGGGUCUGUUCGCGGGGGUCGCCACACUGGCCGGCACGGUCGUCAGCCUCAUGCUGUUCAACGGGCUGUUCCAGAAUGGCAAGCAUGAGGAACUGGCGUUGUUGCAGAUAAACAUAUGGGAAACAGUUCUAUUCAUCGUAAUGACGCUGGGCUCUGGCGCCUGUCUGCAACGCAUGAGAAGGUUGCCGCUGCGGCGCACCGUGCCCUCCUUGCCUCUGGAGCACUCCUUGUUGCUCGUCACGCAGUUCGGAGUCUACCUCUACUACCUGUUCCAAAUCAUCGGCGCAGGAUUCGUCAUACAACGAUACCCGGAAGGAAGGAGGGCUACUAGGAUCCUGUCACCCCUCUGUGCUAUUGUACAGAGUUCCUGCCAAACGCUGCUCAUCCUGGACUCCUGGUGCCGCAGGUGUGUGGAGACCACCAUCAGCCAUCGACCGGGACGACAGCUCGUCACCUUCCUUCUUGUUGGCAACUUCGCUCUUUGGCUUCUUAAUAGAGUAAAAAAUGCCAGAGCGGAAUUCCAUCCUCUACAGAUGGAGUUUUUUGGUGUUUGGGCAUGGACGCUUAUUACCCAUGUAUCCGUGCCUUUACUAGUUUGCUACAGAUUUCAAGCCACCGUUUGCUUUUACGAAAUUUGGAAAAAUUGCUUUAAGAGAAAAAAAUAUGGAAAUGAAAUAAAUGUAGAUGAAUUUGAAUUAAAAAACCAUCAUAUCGCUUAA